UUCCUCAUAAGAAACCCAGUUCAAUUCAGCUCAAGAACCCAUUUUUUGAGUACCCAUUAUGAGUUCUGAGCAGAACUCGACUACCCCCAAUGGGGCUCAUCAGAACCCGCAAGCCAGGAGAUUGCCUGAUUUCUUGCUAAGUGUCAACUUGAAAUAUGUUAAACUGGGUUAUCAUUACUUGGUCAGUCAUCUUUUAACCCUCUGUUUGGUCCCUUUAAUAGCCGUUACAAUCCUUGAAGCAUCACGGUUGGACCCCGAUGACAUUCACCAGUUAUGGCUAAAUCUUCAGUACAAUCUUGUGAGUGUCAUUGUUUUCUCAACUCUUCUCGUUUUUGCCUCCACCGUUUACAUCCUGACUCGAGCCAGACCCGUUUACCUCCUUGAUUACUCUUGUUACCGCCCUCCUGCACAUCUCAAAGUUGAGUCCCACUGGUUCAUGGAGCGUUACAGGCUCUCAGGGGUCUUUGAAAAGUCCUCUCUAGAGUUUCAACGCAAGGUUCUGGAGAGAUCAGGACUUGGAGAGGAGACUUGUGUUCCUAAAUCCAUGCACUCCAUUCCUCCAACAGCAACAAUGGCCGAAGCAAGAGAGGAGGCUGAGCAGGUGAUGUUUGGUGCAUUAGAUAAUCUUUUUGCCAAUACUAAUGUUAAGCCUAAGGAUAUCGGGAUUCUUGUUGUUAAUUGUAGUUGUUUUAAUCCAACUCCUUCCCUCUCUGCUAUGAUUAUUAACAAGUACAAAUUAAGGGGUAAUAUUAAAAGUUUUAAUCUUGGAGGUAUGGGGUGUAGUGCUGGGGUUAUAGCUAUUGAUCUUGCUAAAGACAUGUUGCAAGCUCAUAGGAACACUUAUGCAGUUGUUGUUAGUACUGAAAACAUCACACAGAACGGUUACUUUGGAAACAAGAAAUCGAUGUUGAUCCCGAAUUGUUUGUUUAGAAUUGGUGCUGCAGCUGUUUUGUUGUCCAAUAAAUCUUCUGACAGGAGAAGGGCGAAGUAUAAGCUUCUUCAUGUGGUGAGGACACAUUGUGGGGCAGAUGAUAAGGCAUUCAGGUGUGUAUACCAGGAGCAGGAUGAGCUUGGGAAAACUGGGGUUUCAUUGUCCAAGGAUUUGAUGGCCAUUGCUGGUGAGGCACUCAAGGCCAACAUCACCACAUUGGGUCCCCUUGUUCUUCCCAUAAGUGAGCAAUUUCAGUUCUUGCUGACUUUGAUAGCCAAGAAAUUGUUCAAUGCCAAAAUCAAGCCUUAUAUCCCAGAUUUCAAACUGGCUUUUGAACAUUUCUGCAUUCAUGCUGGGGGAAGGGCUGUGAUUGAUGAGCUUGAGAAGAAUUUGCAACUUCUUCCAGAACAUGUCGAGGCCUCCAGAAUGACUCUCCAUCGAUUUGGUAACACCUCAUCCAGUUCAAUUUGGUACGAGCUGGCUUACAUAGAGGCCAAGGGGAGGAUGCGGAAAGGAAACCGUGUUUGGCAGAUUGCAUUUGGAAGUGGUUUCAAGUGUAACAGUGCGGUCUGGCAGGCCCUAAAAAAUGCAAAGCCGUCUGCGAAUGGUCCCUGGGAAGAAUGCAUUAAUAAGUACCCAGUACAGAAUAUUUAGUAGCCCAACUACCUCUCGUUUAUGGGAAACCAGGGAUCAUGCAGGCUACCACUGUUUUAUUUUCUCACUACCUUUUCAAUUGCCGUCUCUGUGUUUUAAAUUUAUUAGCAACUGUUAUGUGUUACUUAAGUUUGCAGUGCAAGUGGAGAUCCAUGUUUGGUUUUUAUAAUAAAAUUUCCUUAAAUUA